CUUUGGCAAAACAUGUGAGGCACGUUGGAUCAUGUAAUAAUGACUAGUUAAAUCCUUGUACAAAUACAAUAAAUACCAGAUAGAUAGACACAUCACUGCUCUACUUAAAUCAAGAUCACAGCUAGCUUUGAUUCUUUCUAGUACUAUAUUCUUAAGAUGCUGAGCCUGAGAGCCAACAAGUCAAUACAAGACUUGAGCUGGAGACCCACCGUCCGGCGACAUUCGGAGACCUCAGUCACCGGAAAAUUCAGUUGGAAAAUUACCCAUCUGGUUCCUUCUUACAGGCCACCACAGAAGCAGAGAGCUUUAGUAAAAGCAGUGGUAAGUAGGAAUGGGGAUAAUAACAAGAGCAGCAGUGCUGCAGAACAAGUGCAGGUGAAUCAAGAUUCUGAGCCAGUGAGUAAAAGUACUAGUAAAGAUGGAAUUGAUGUCAAGGCAGUGAUCACAAUAAGAAAGAAGCUCAAAGAGAAGUUGAGUGAGAAGAUUGAGGAUCAGUGGGAGUCUUUUAUUAUUGGGAUUGGUCAGGGGAUCUUGAUUCAGCUCAUCAGUCAAGAUAUUGAUCCUGUAACUAAGUCUGGCAAAAGCAUAGAUUCCUUUGUAAGAGGCUGGAUGCCCAAGCCAUCAAACCAUCCAAAUAUUGUUGAAUAUGCUGCUAGUUUCACUGUUCCGCAUGACUUUGGACUUCCUGGAGCUAUUCUCAUAACCAACUAUUAUGGCAAGGAGUUUUUUCUGAGGGAGAUCAUUGUUCAUGGCUUUCGUGAGGGUCCUCUAUUUUUCCCUGGUCAUACCUGGAUUCACUCACGUAAUGCUAAUCCUGAAAGUAGAAUUAUAUUCAGAAAUGAAGUCUACUUGCCAUCUCAAACACCAGCUGGCAUCAAGGAUCUUCGACGUGAAGAUUUACUCAGCAUUCGGGGAAAUGGGAGAGGUGAGAGAAAGCCACAUGAAAGGAUUUAUGAUUAUGCUCCUUACAAUGAUCUGGGUGCCCCUGAUAAGAGUAAGGAGUUAGCAAGGCCUGUUAUAGGUGACCAAGAAAGGCCAUAUCCUAGGCGCUGUCGGACUGGCAGACCACCAUCUAAAUCAGAUCCAUCAUUCGAAAGUAGAAUAGAGAAACCUCAUCCAGUCUAUGUUCCACGCGAUGAAACUUUUGAGGAGAUUAAACAAAACACUUUCUCAGCUGGAAGGCUGAAAGCUCUAUUACACAACCUUAUUCCAUCUAUAGCUGCUUCAUUAUCAAGCACAGACAUUCCUUUCACAUGCUUCACUGACAUAGAUAAGUUAUACAAAGUUGGUUUUGUUUUAAGUAAUGAAGAACAAAAGGAGGUCACAGAGAAUCCCUUUCUCGGAAACUUGAUGAAUCAAGUCCUAACUGUUGGUGAAAAGUUACUAAAGUAUGAAAUUCCAGAUGUUAUAAAGAGGGAUAGAUUUGCAUGGUUGCGUGAUAAUGAGUUUGCACGACAGGCUAUAGCCGGGGUUAACCCAGUGAAUAUUGAACUAUUGAAGGAAUUUCCGAUUCUCAGCAAACUAGAUCCAGCUGUCUAUGGUCCAGCAGAAUCUGCAAUAACAAAAGAGAUUAUUGAGGAAGAACUACACGGAAUGAGUGUCGAAGAGGCUAUUCAGGAAAAGAAACUAUUUUUACUUGACUACCAUGACUUGCUUUUGCCAUUUAUGGAGAAAAUGAGCUCCUUGCCAGGGAGGAAGGCGUAUGCCUCUAGGACAAUUUUCUUCUACAAUCGUACGGGUCAUCUACUACCAAUUGUUAUUGAGCUUUCACUUCCUCCAACAAGCAACUCACCCCAGAACAAACGUGUGUUCACUCAUGGGAAUGAUGCUACAACUCACUGGAUUUGGAAACAAGCUAAAGCCCAUGUUUCUUCGAAUGAUGCUGGAAUACACCAACUUGUGAACCACUGGUUGAGGACCCAUGCUUGCAUGGAGCCUUACAUAAUUGCCACACAUAGGCAGCUUAGCUCAGUGCAUCCCAUCUACAAGCUACUCCAUCCACAUAUGCGCUACACAUUAGAAAUCAAUGCACUUGCACGACAAAGCUUAAUUAAUGGAGGAGGAAUUAUUGAGGCUUCUUUUAGCCCAGGGAAGUAUGCUAUGGAAUUAAGCUCUGCAGGCUAUAGUAAGUGGCGGUUUGAUAUGGAAGCUCUCCCAGCAGAUCUGAUUCAAAGGGGCAUGGCUGUUGAAGAUUCUUCAAAUCCUAAUGGUAUCAAACUUGUGAUUGAAGACUACCCAUAUGCUGCAGAUGGGCUUCUUAUCUGGUCAGCAAUAAAAGAACUAGUUGAAUCUUAUGUUAAGUAUUACUAUUCAGACGUUAAUUCUGUUACAGCCGAUAUUGAACUUCAAGCUUGGUGGUCUGAAAUUAAGAACAAGGGCCAUUUUGAUAAAAGAAAUGAACCAUGGUGGCCUAACCUAAAAACUAAAGAGGAUUUGUCUGGCAUUCUUACCAUAAUGAUCUGGAUUGCUUCUGGUCAGCACGCAGCAAUAAACUUUGGCCAGUACCCCUUUGGUGGGUAUGUGCCUAAUCGUCCAACUCUCCUUAGAAAGUUCAUCCCUCAUGAGAGUGACCCUGAUUAUGAGAAGUUCAUACACAACCCUCAGCAAAGUUUUCUGUCGUCAUUACCAACUCAACUUCAGGCAACCAAAGUGAUGGCUGUCCAGGACACAUUGUCAACACACUCUCCAGAUGAGGAGUACCUGGGUCAGAUACACGAACUUCAGGGCCAUUGGAUAUGUGAUAAUGAAGUUGUUAAACUUUACAAAAAGUUUUCUGCUAAACUCGAGGAGAUAGAAGAGAUUAUAAAGAAAAGAAACAAGGAUAGUCGUCUGAAAAACCGCUGUGGUGCUGGCAUCCCACCAUAUGAACUUCUGCGUCCAUCAUCAGGACCUGGGGUAACCGGUCGGGGCAUUCCCAACAGUAUCUCUAUAUGAGGCAUUGGGCCAUAGGCAACUGAAAGCUUCAUUAACUUGAUAACACUGUAGUUCCCAGAGCUGUAAAUUCAUGACAUUUUUUUGCUCAAAGGUCUUAAAUCUGCAAUCAUCCAAGAUUUUGUAUUAUCAGCGGUUGUGAGCUCAUCAGUCAUCAGAGUGUUCUACGACGAAUGCCAUCAUUGUAGUAUCGUUGUUAGACAGUAGAGUAUUAUAUAUAGCUUAGUGUUCGUGAAGGCUGAAGAACAAACUUUGACAGAGGCUUUAGUUGCAGUUGAAAUUGUACAAAAACUAUUUGCAGUCUGAACAAUUUCUAUAAUACAAACAAAAAAGUUUCUUGAA